CUUUUUUAUUUUUAUUUCUUUCUUUUUUUUUAUUUAUUUCUUGUUAUCAUCAUGAGUAGAGAUGAUGAAUAUGACUAUCUUUUUAAAGUUGUGUUGAUUGGGGAUUCCGGCACUGGUAAAACCAAUCUUUUGGCUCGGUUCACUAGAAAUGAAUUCAAUUUGGAAUCCAAAAGUACUAUUGGUGUAGAAUUUGCUACUAGAAGUGUUCAAGUAGAUAACAAGACUGUCAAAGCUCAGAUUUGGGAUACAGCUGGACAGGAACGUUAUCGUGCCAUCACUAGUGCAUACUAUCGAGGUGCAGUAGGUGCUUUGCUAGUCUAUGAUAUUGCUAAAUAUGCUACCUAUGAAAAUGUGAAUCGAUGGCUCAAGGAACUUCGUGAUCAUGCUGAUUCUAAUAUUGUUGUCAUGUUGGUUGGAAACAAGAGUGAUUUGCGACAUUUACGUGCUGUAUCUACUGAAGAAGCCAAACAAUUUGCUGCUGAUAAUGGUCUUUCUUUUAUCGAAACCUCUGCUUUGGAUUCUAGCAACGUUGAAUUGGCUUUUCAACGUAUUUUAACUGAAAUCUAUCGUAUUGUUUCCAACAAAGCCCUUGAAUCCUCCAAUGAUGUUGUACGUCCUACUGCUGGUGAAACGAUCUCUGUUACUCAACCUUCCUCAGAUCAAAAACAAGGUGGAUGUUGUUAGAACAUACAUAUAUAGUUGACAUACAUACAUUUUACAUAUCUACAUAUUAUAUACAUAUCUG